AUGUACAACAUCAUGAUGGAGACGGACUUGUACUCCCCCGCCGUGCAGCAGACCAACCCGUCCAACCCUGGGGUGGUCGUCGGUGGCGGAGGCGGCAAAGUCCCCCAAGAGAGAAUCAAGAGACCCAUGAACGCCUUCAUGGUGUGGUCUCGCGGGCAGCGACGAAAGAUGGCCCAGGAGAACCCCAAGAUGCACAACUCGGAGAUCAGCAAGCGACUGGGGGCCGAGUGGAAGGUGAUGACCGAGGCCGAGAAGAGGCCCUUCAUCGACGAGGCCAAACGGCUGCGGGCCAUGCACAUGAAGGAACACCCGGACUACAAGUACCGGCCACGGAGGAAGACCAAGACGUUGCUCAAGAAGGACAAGUACUCGCUCGCCGGUGGGCUGCUAGGCAACGCGGCGGUGGGGAUGGGAGGCAGCCAGCGGCUGGAGAGCCCCGGCGGGGGGCACCUGGGCUCCAACGCGGGCGUAUACACGGCGCACGUCAACGGGUGGCCGAACGGUGCUUACUCGGGACAGGUGGCCGCUGCGGCGGCGGCCGCCCACGCCAUGAUGCAGGAGGCGCAGCUGGCUUACACGCAACACCCGGCCGGCGCUCACCCGCACCCACACAACCCGCAGCCCGUGCACAGGUACGACAUGAGCGCCUUAUCUUACAGCCCCAUCUCGAACUCCCAGAGUUACAUGAGCGCCUCUCCGCCGGGCUACGGGGGCAUCACCGGCUACACGCACCAGCAUCACGGCGCCGGAUUGUCUCCCGUGUCGGGGGCGAUCGGGGCUUCCCUGGUGAAAUCGGAGCCGAGCGCGAGCCCUCCGUUGUCCGCGGCGCGACAACCGUGCCCCUCCGGGGACCUGCGGGACAUGAUCAGCAUGUACUUGCCCACCGGGGAAGCGGCGGCGGGUGACUCGUCCGUGCCGGGGCGCCUGCAUAUGCUCCACGCGCAGCACUACCAGGGGAGCGGCGGCCACGUGAACGGGACGGUUCCUCUGACGCACAUUUAA